AUGUCAGUUACUAGAUUUACCAAUUGCCAUCUCAUAGAUAACGGAAAAGUAUACAGACACCACGAUCUAUACUUUGACAAUAGCACCAGGAAAAUAUGUAAUGCACCAACUUCGCCCAGUUUCAUCACUAAAACCAUUGACUUGAAAGGGCAAUUGCUAGCUCCCGGUUUGAUUGAUAUUCAGAAUAACGGGAUCUACGGCGUGAAUUUCUCCAACUUGAAUGAAGGUUCCUCGCCUCAAGAUAUUGCCCAGUUCAGGAGAUCAUAUCAAGAUGCAAUGUCAAAGUACCUUACUACUGGUGUCACGGCCAUUUGCCCCACGGUCACGUCCAACUUUGCCGGUGUUUAUCCAAAAGUAUUGCCAAUUUACAAAAAAUCAAGAUUAUCGCACCAGACAGAUUCGUUGGGUGCACAUUUAGAAGGUCCCUUUAUCAACUUGGCCAAGAAAGGCUGUCACCCUGUUGAGACGUUUGUCGAUGCUAAAGAAGGUGAACACAAGCUCUUGGAGAUUUACGGCGGCGACGGCAACUUGUUGGAUAAUGUUUGCAUCAUCACUGCUGCCCCAGAGAUUCCAGGAGUUUUGGACUUGAUCCCUUUUAUCAAACAGCAUAAUUGUGUUUAUUCAAUCGGGCAUACCAUGGCUAGCUAUGAAACUGGUGUUCAAGCUAUUGAAAAUGGAUGCACAAUGAUUACGCAUUUGUACAAUGCCAUGCCCCAGCCACACCAUCGUAACGCGGGAGUUGUCGGUCUAAUCAAUGCACCUUUGAAAGGAUCGCAAGACAAGACCCCAUUUUUCGGUUUAAUCUGCGAUGGCGUCCACGUCGACCCUUCGAUGGCCAACUUGGCCUAUAGAUCAAACCCUAGCAAAUGUGUCUUGGUGACAGAUGCCAUGCACUUGAUUGGUUUACCCGAUGGCGAGUACAAAUGGGACGGACAAGUGAUUGUGAAAAACGGCGAUAGAUUGUAUUUGAAAGGCACCGACACGUUGGCCGGAGCAUCAACCACAUUGCCACAAUGCAUUAGAAAUUUGAUGCAAUGGGCAGACAUAACCUUGGCCGAGGCUGUCAAGACAGCUACAAACAAUGCUGCAUCAUCCAUCAAUGUCGAGCACGAGCGAGGUUUUUUAAACGUUGGAUGCGACGCCGACUUUGUUGUUUUCAACAAGGACGGCUACGUUACCAGAGUUUAUAAAUUAGGGAACGAGAUCAAUUCAUCAGACGUUCCUGCUGGUGCAGAAGCAAGGUUAUCUGCGGUUUUGUAG